UUACAGAUGGAACUUGGAAAUGUCACAACUGUAACCGAAUUCAUUCUCUUGGGUUUAACAGAGGAUGCUACAGUUUCUGUCAUGUUAUUUGCUGUGUUUCUAGGAGUCUACUCCGUCACCUUAAUGGGCAAUGUGAGCAUAAUCAUAUUAAUCAGAAGAAGCCCUCAGCUUCACACGCCCAUGUAUCUUUUCCUCAACAAUUUGGCCCUUGUAGACAUUGGGUACUCCUCCUCAGUCACACCCAUAAUGCUUGGGGGUUUUCUCAGGAAAGGGAUAUUUGUCCCUUUCGCUGGCUGUAUAGUACAACUCUGUUUUGCUGUGACAUUUGGGACAGCAGAAUGUUUCCUGCUAGCUGCCAUGGCCUAUGACCGCUAUGUGGCCAUCUGCUCACCCCUGCUCUACUCCACCCAGAUGUCCUCCAGAGUCUGCAUUCUCCUAGUGGGGGCUUCCUACCUGGGUGGAUGUGUGAAUGCUUGGACAUUUACUGGCUGCCUAUUAAAUCUGUCCUUUUGUGGACCAAAUAAAGUUAAUCACUUUUUCUGUGACUAUUCACCACUUUUGAAGCUUUCUUGUUCUCAUGACUUUUCUUCUGAAGUAAUUCCAGCGAUCUCUUCUGGCUCCAUCAUUGUGGUCACUGUGCUCAUCAUUGUUCUGUCUUAUGUGUUUAUUCUUAUCUCAAUCAUGAAGAUACGCUCCUCUGAGGGCCGCCAGAAAGCCUUCUCCACCUGCACCUCCCACCUCACUGCCGUCACUCUGUUCUUUGGGACCCUCACGUUCAUUUAUGUGAUGCCUAAGUCCAGCUACUCCACUAACCAGAACAAGGUAGUUUCCGUGUUCUACAUAGUGGUGAUUCCUAUGUUGAACCCUCUCAUCUACAGUCUGAGAAACAAGGAUGUUAAAGAGGCCAUGAGAAAAAUGAUGGGCAAAGCUCCUUGGUGGUCCUGA